UUUGCAUCUCUGAUUGGUGGAUUUUCAUCUCUGAUGGGUUCAUUUGCAUCUAGUAGCUGACGCCGCGCCAGUAAAGCCGCUGAGCAAAUCUCCUGACCGCACACCGUUAUCAAUUUGGAGGGCCGUCGGCCUGCCAAUUGCUCGUUGCUAACUGGUAUGCUGUUAGAAAUUUGGCAAGCCUGGAAGUAGGAUUGUAUUUUUUUUACAAGGGGGUGAUGAGAGAAGUCUUGUUUGUAUAAGAUGGUGUGGAGUAUGGGUAUUGCUUCGAAAUGAACAGAUGAUGAGUUUGGAGAGAGUGAGGGGGUUACUGACGGUCGGGUUGGUCGGUGGGACAGACCACGCUUGCUUAAUCAGCCAGUGGCUGACUGAACACAGCUAAUCUCUGGACCCUUCCAUUGAGCAACAAGGUUGGAGACUGACACAGAGAGAUCAACAGUUUGGCAAACAAAAGAGAGGGAGCCAGGAGAGAAGGACUGGAACAAAGUCAAAGAAGGACAGAGCGGACAGUAGGCGCAAGAGAGUUGAAUUUGAAAUAGAGGAGAGAAAACGGCAACAGAAAAAGUUUAAGAUUAAAAGUUAAAGAUUGAUUGAAUUAUUGUCAUGGGUGUGGCCACUUAAAGCAGUGAGGCACAACAGCAGAGACAAGCAACUUUUGUCUGGUGGUUAGAGGGGGAGGGUGGCAGACUUAGGAAGACAGGGGAGGGUCAGAGGUAAAGGGGUCAAUAGAAAGACUGAGAAAGACACUGAGUGGGAGCCGUUCAAGAAGAGAAGGCCAGAGAACUCACUCAUGAGGCAGAGGCAACGCUAUGGAUAGAUAGAAGCUGGCAGACAUAGUAGCAUAUCAAGGGGGAGAGAGGACAGACAGGGCUAGGCUGAGUCACAUACAGGCAGUCGGCAUGGGGAUAAAGGGCAAGGCGGCUUUGGCCAUCGUGGUUCUACUGUUCUUCCUCGGCUCCAUGUGGCUCCAAGGAAGUUUGGAUUACCAGUGGGACUCUUGUCUUAAAGGUUACAUUCAGAUAAACAGUCCUCGCCAUCUGUCCAAUGGCAGUGAGGCUGAUAGUGAUGAGGACGGGGCCAUACUGGAAGUGUGUCCCGGUCAGAAGUUCCAGGUGUCGGAGCUGUUGUCUCACCUUCUGGCUGCGCUGGCACCCACCAACGACGUGCUGCUGCAGCCUUAUCUGGCCAGUUGGGACGAGCUUAUCAAGUUCAUGGAGGCUCUUGGACCGAUGGUUGGACUCAUAUCUCAGGAGAUUGAAGCCAAAACUUCCAUAAUCCGUGACCUGACCCUGCGGGAGGCAGGUAGCAGCGACGAGGGAGAAGUGGGCCUAGCCUUGGGGUUGGUGUCUGGUACCAGAGCACAUGGUGGUGGACAGGAGGAGACAGAGGCCUCAGUGGCAGCGCCAAGCAGUGCCUACCUGUCUUUGCGCUCUAUGAUCCACACUGAGUUGAGCCGGGGCCUGGUAGACUUCCAGCAGACGACAGAAUCUGGGUGUCGUACUCUGCUCCGGCUGCACCGGGCCCUGUUGUGGCUGCAGGUCUUCCUGGAAAAGCUGGGGGAGGGGCCUGUGGGCGGCCGGCUGCGGAGCCCCUCGGAGCUCUGCCGUGAGGCCUAUCAGCACACCCUGGCCCACCACCACUCCUGGUUCGUACGCAGGGCAGCGGAGAUAGCCUUCAUCGCUAUGCCUGAGCGGGGCUUCUUCUACAGGCUGGUGUGUGUGACGAACCAAGAAGAGGCCAGCGUGGUGCUGAACAGGGUGGUCCGGGCCAUCGGAGAGGUGUAUGACAGAACUCAGGGGGUCCUGGAGGAGCAUGGCAUGCUGGACCUGCCGUAGGAGAAGAGCAGGGGGGGGUGGUCUGUUUCUGAGAGACCAGCCACAUCUGGACAUUACAGCACUACUGAGCCGAACCAAGCUGAGCUGAGCUGUACUGUGCUGGCCAGGUUACGCAUCCAUCAUGGUUGAAAUUAUGCUGGUAAGGACAAUGUGAAAAUAAAAUAGCAAAACCAGCACAUUACUGUUCGGGUUUGCAUAAUAGCAUGAAUUAGGUCUUACAGUCUAUCCCCUGGUGUCUUGUUCCAUAUGCUGUACUAUCUUUUAUCAGGCUAAAGUUCACAUGUGCGCAAGAACAAUGAGCUGCUCAAGUAAUCAUGAGUGAGUGCUCUCAACAGAGUUUACCAAAAGGGCCAAUUUGUAUUAGGGGCCAUAUGACCAAAGUGCUGGUGAAAACAAUCAACUGAAGCUAAAUGUCUUCAUUGUACAAUUGAUAAGUCAUUGUCAUGUCACAGUUUGUCUGUGUGAGAUCACGCACUGGAAUUGUUAUGGUGUUGGAAGACCAUGGACUGGUUGAAAAACAAGUAACUAAUCAUGUAUUGUUGUAAAUUCUGAAGAUGCUGCCAAUGUAAAUCCAUAGGUCAGUGAUUGUUGUAAGUGUUGUUGUAUGUUGAUGCGUAAUUCAGCAUUGGCAUCAUUGAAUCAAAGGCCAAUCACAAGACAAAGGACUUUGUCCAUGCCCCACAUUGUGAUUAUGUAAUGAUUUUAUAUGGGAUCAUUUGUGAAGAUCUUCUAGGGCUGCUGGACACAUCAGAUGGACUUUAUUCAGGGUUCUCAAAAGCACAUUUACAAUGCAGUUAUUCACUGAUCUUAGCUACUGUUGUUGUCAUGGUUUAAGUACGUAUGCAUUACUACAAAUUUGACACUGCAGAAGGAAUAUUUUUGAUGUGUUAAAAUGUUCUUAAUGAGUCUUGCCUGGCUACCCAAACUCCUUGCUCCGGCCAAACGAACGGACGUUCGUUUCUUCUCUGCGUUGAGUCUGGAUCUGAGUACCUCCCGUACGAUUUUGAGAAUGGAAAUACGUUCUAGACCAGGGAUGGGUAACUUUGAUGGGGGUGGGGGCCACAAAACAUCUGAACUCAUCAUGGGGUGCCGCAGUGGCUCACUGGUCUGCGUGCCGACAUCCAUACCCAAACAUGCAGUCAGAAAGAGCCCUAACCUUUUGGGGGAUCCUAAGUCAAAUCUUCUUAGGGCAUGUGAGCAAAACAGCUAGAGGAGAGAAAGUUUGUUUUAGAGUUAAUUUCCUGCAAUUGUACACAUUUUGCCAUGGGGCAGAGAUAAAAUUCAUUUUUAAAGCAAAUUCCCUGCAAUUCUACACAUUUUGUCAUAGAGUUUUUUAUUUUUAUAUAUGAUAGCUGACUUAGUGACUAACAACAUCCAGUGGGGCCCCCCAGUCGGUAAUUCGACCAUGAUUACUACAAGUUUAGAUAGCUGGCUAGACUAACUUACCAACCUAAAAUAUGUUAGCUUACGUGGGCUAAUUGAGUGCAUUGAGAGAAACUGCUGAUUUUAUUGAGUUGGAAAUUGAUCCGUGGGCCCUGUUCUAGACCAUCUGAUUGGUCCCAGAAACCAAGGGUUUGGGCCAGAGCCAGAACACACGUUGGUAAAGCAACGUUUUGAAAAUUCGUCUUUGGCUUUGAUACUCUGAUUGGUUAGAGAGUAUCCAUUAGCUGAUGACUUUGUUUUUUUAUAACACCCCUCAUAUUGACAUCAACACAAAUGACUUCAAUGAUUGCAGCAAAGAUGUCAUGGCGACAAUGUAAUCGGGUCUAACGGUCGUCUCACGCCGAACUGCGCAAGUUCAGGCCGUCAAAUCAAAGGCACUCCUUCGAGAUACAGUUGUUUUUGACAGAAAUGAAAAUGUCAGUUUGUCACUAACACGAGGUUGGAGUAAACACAUGUUCAACUGCUUAAGACAUUGGCUCAAAUCUAGGUUGUGCCUUCAGAUUUCGAGAAAACUAACAACUAAGGAAUAAUUUUUCACUUCUCAAACCCCGGACAUGGUCUGUUUCACAAGCGUUCCCGGAAGUCUCGCGAUGUUGCACCUCUGGAUUUGAGAAACUCUGUGUUUGCAGUCUGACUGAGCUAUGUAGCGAACUAGUGCAGCGGAAGAAUUCUGUUGAGUCAUCAGGCAAACGUGUUAUAUCCGGGGCCUUUGAUCUUAUGUUGCAGUACUACAGUAUAUCCACCAGAGGUCAUAGUGUACUACACAUACACAUCAGUUUCACUGAACCCUGAAUGCUGAUAACGGUUAGUGGCAAAGUCAUUUAUAUGAACAUUUGUGACGUAAUCACUUCUACACCCUCCCUUCGCUUGGACAUACAUGCUGCGAAUGGCAUUUUAAGAGAUGUUUCCAGAGCGACUUACAGUAGUGAAUGCAUACAUCAUACAACUUUGGAGAUAUGCAGUUAUUCACUGAUCUUAGCUACUGUUGAUGUCAUGGUUUAAGUACGUAUGCAUUACUACAAAUUUGACACUGCAGAAGGAAUAUUUUUGAUGUGUUAAAAUGUUCUUAAUGAGUCUUGCCUGGCUACCCAAACUCUUUGCUCCGGAGUUCCAUAAAACAAUUGAAUGGAAAGAGUCCAAACAAGCAUUAUGAGGAAAUGAACUGGGGGUUAAUGAGCCCAUGUGGAAGCAAGCCUAAUGUGAGAGAGAGCGAGAAAGCUGGUGCGUGUCCGGUAUAUCAGCUGCGUGCGUUACACUUGAUCACACUAUUUUAAACCCACAAAUGCCUCUAAUGCUAUGUAAUCCUUGCUCUCUCUUCCUAUCGUCCUCCACUGGAUCCCAAUACCAGAAAGGAUGAAUUGAAGGAGGGAGAGAGAGUCAAAUUCUGUUGUAAUCUUGUAAAGUGGUCAGAGCAGAGUGAACGCGUUAGAACCACUAUGACAUUUAACAACAUGAAGCGCUGUCCAAUCAUAGAACAGACAGUCGGACUCUAGCACAUUUACGUAUCUUGUACCUCUUAUGAAGAAAGUGCAAAAAUGUAGUGGUUUUGGUUGAGUUGUCUCGAGGUUAAUAUUAUACAUUGUAACGCAGGUGAUCUACAGUACAGGCAAAUUAAGAUUACAUUAGAUUACAUCCAUCUGCCUGAUGUUACCGCUUGACUCCACCACUCCCUUACUUCCUCUUUCCCCAGAGCCUCACUCUAUUGGGCAGCUUCAACUUUAUACAAAACCAGUUUGUAUCAGCCAAUCAUUUCGUUUGAUUACUGUUGACGUUUACAAAACUAAUUGUGGAAGUAUUUGUCCAUUGACUUGUGAAUGAUUCUGUUACAUGUCUCCUUUUACUCAAACUGUCAAAUAUUAGAAUACAUAAACUUCCUCUUAUGUCA